GGGGAGUUCCACGAGGUAUGACUAUCAUUAUUUUGCAGCGAUCAUAAAUACGCAAAAAUAUUUGUUUCGAAACAAAGGCGAAAGAAAACAUCUUGCAUUGAAAAUGUCCUGUCUUAAUUUUGUCGUUGUCAUGUUGAUGGUGGUUGUCAUUAAGGUCAAUUCUGAAGAGUACAAAAAGGUAUGCUAUUUCACAAGUUGGUCACAAUACAGACAAGGACCAGCGAGAUUUAUUCCUGAGAAUAUCGACCCGUCUCUUUGCACGCACAUCAUCUAUGCAUUCGCUUACAUAGACAAAAGAGCAAGUGAUUACAGUAAACUGAGAGUGUUUGAACACAACGAUGUUUCAAUGUAUCAAAGGAUCAACUCUCUAAAACGACGUAAUCGCUCACUGAAGACUUUGUUAGCAGUUGGGGGCUGGAACCACGGAUCAGGUCCUUUCUCCAUUAUGGCAAAUAAUGCAACCAAGCGAAGAAACUUUGUGAAAAACUCCAUUGCGUUUUUAAGACGGUAUCGCUUUGACGGCCUCGAUUUGGAUUGGGAGUACCCAGCCCAACGAGACAGUACUAACAUAAAUACAGAUAAAGUUGCCUUUGUGAAACUAUGCAAGGACCUGAAGAAUGGUUUCCAGCGAGAAGCAAGAUCAUCUAGAAAACCUCGUUUAUUACUGGCUGCUGCAGUUGGAUGCGGGCCUCGAAACAUUCAUACAUCAUACGAUGUGCGAUCAAUGUCAAGGCACUUGGAUUUCAUUAACUUGAUGACGUAUGACUUGGCUGGCCAAUGGGAUGGUAGAACUGGAAUCCAUGGAGCUCUUCAUGGUGCACCUGGUGAUGCAUCAUACGAACUGAAUCAGGAAUGGUCGGUAAAUAGGUAUAUCGAACUUGGUGCCCCAAGAAAGAAACUGGUGCUUGGAAUUCCUAUGUAUGGUCGAUCAUUCAAGUUGACAAGUGGUAGUUCAGAUGUCGGUGCACCUGCAGCUUUCUCGGGUGCAAUUGCUGGUCCCUACACAGUACAAUCUGGUAUCAUGGCCUAUUACGAAGUUUGUGCGAAGAUCAAAGCAGGUUGGGAGUACAAGUUUGACCCAUUGCGGAUGGAUUCAUACAGUUACAACGGCACAGACUGGGUAGGAUUCAGUGACAAAACCAGUGUUGCUAAAAAGGCUGAGUUCAUUAAGGCCAAACGUCUUGGUGGUGCCAUGAUCUGGUCACUUGAUUUUGACAAUUUUAAAAGAAAUGCGUUAUGUAACACGGAUAAAGAAGAUUUCACCUUAUUGAAAACGAUCAAUAAGGUCUUAGAUGGAAUAGUUGAAACAACCACUGCAGCAACUGUAACCACAACAACAGAGCCAGAAGACGUUGAACUCAAAAAGGUGUGCUAUUAUACAAGUUGGUCACAGUACAGAAAGGGAGCUGGACGGUUUCUGCCUGAGGAUAUUGACCCAUCUCUAUGCACCCAUAUCAUUUAUGCAUUCGCUUACGUGGACACCAGGAUAAACUCUUACAGUUAUAGUGGACUGAAGGCCUAUGAAUACAAUGAUGUUCAAAUGUAUGAGAGUAUUAACGCCCUGAAGAAACAAAAUCCUUCACUGAAAACAUUGUUAGCAGUGGGGGGCUGGAACCAUGGAUCUAAACCAUUCUCCUAUAUGGCUAACAGAAUGGCCAAUCGCAAGAAUUUUGUGACAAAUUCUAUCAAGUAUUUGAAACGGUAUGGCUUUGAUGGGUUAUCUUUGGAUUGGGCAUAUCCAGGACAACGAGAUUCAAACAGCAGUACUGAUAAAGCCGCUUUUGUAGAACUAUGCAAGGACAUGAAAGCUGGCUUCGAGAAAGAAGCAAAAUCCUCUGCUGGACCUCGCUUGAUAUUGACUGCCGCAGUUGGAUGUGGACCUAAGAAUAUUGAAACAUCAUAUGAUGUACCUGGAAUAUCUAGGUAUCUCGAUUUCAUUAACUUGAUGGCUUAUGACUUAGCUGGCCAGUUUAGAACAGGGAUCCAUGGAGCUCUUCACAGUGGACAAGGGGAUGCAUCGCUCGAGCUGAAUCAGGAAUGGUCUGUAAAAAAGUUUAUCGAAUUGGGUGCACCUAAGAAAAAGCUGGUGUUGGGAAUUCCUUUGUUUGGUAGAUCGUACAAGUUGAGAACUGCAAAUUCAGCUAUCGGUGCUCCUGCGACUACAAAGGGUGCUAUCGGUGGCCCUUACACAGUGGAACCUGGUUUUAUGGCAUAUUACGAAGUUUGUGCCAAACUUAAAGCAGGUUGGAGGUAUAAGUUUGAUUCGCAGCGUGGAGACCCGUAUGCUUAUUCUGGUUAUAACUGGGUAGGAUUUAGUGACAAGACCAGUGUAGCAAAGAAGGCUGAAUUCAUCAUAGAUGAAGACCUUGGUGGUGCCAUGAUAUGGGCCCUCGAUCUGGACAAUUUUAACAAAGAUUCAUUGUGCAACACGGAUACAGAGGAUUUCCCACUGUUAAAAACCAUUAAUAAAGUCUUUGACACUGCAGAUCAACGGAAGUUGUUCAAAUGUCCAUCCACACCAGUUUAUCGCAAGUACCAGACCUCUGAUUGUACAAAGUACGUUACUUGUCUUAAUGGGGAAAACUAUGGAACCAAGCCCUGCAGGAGUGGUCUACUUUUCUCCGAGUCCAAACAACGAUGUAUUAGCAAAACCUAUGUCAAAUGUGAUGAUACCACAACUGUCAAACCAACUGUCACAACAGUUCCGCCAACCCCGUCCACGAAAGCCUUUACUUCACCAACUACCACUACGGUCUCACCAAUUACAGCAACCCAGGCAAAAGAAGAUAGACAUCAACGAAAAUCAAGUGAAGUUUUCAAAUGUCCAUCCGGACCAUCUGCACCAGUUUACAGAAUGUACCAAGAUCCUAAAGACUGUACUAAGUUCAUAACUUGCCUCAGUGGCACAAACUUUGGUACCCAGUCUUGUCCGAGUAGUUUAUUGUUUUCCGAGCCUAAGCAACUGUGUGAUAACAAAGAAAAUGUCAAGUGUGUGUGAAAUGGAUUCCUGGAACGGAUACUUCGAUGUGAUGGAUUUUUGUUAUAUAUGUAUGUCUUCCAUGUAAAAUAAAAAUGAAAUAACAAUGUUGAAGC